AAUAUUAAUUAUAGUAAUGUCAGUAAAUUCUUACUGAGAAAAUCAAUAACCACCCUUAUAUGACGUUCUGUAGUGCAUUAGUUUCUUCAGUAGGUAAAGAUGAUUUUGACGAGUUAAAAUUCACGAUCUAGUGCAAGAUAAAAUUAUAAUGUUAAGCUAGUUAUUAAUAUCUUUAAAUAAAUUGGUACAACCAAACAUAGCCUACACGCAAUGAAAACUUAUUUUAAAUGAGUAAUUUAAAAUGAGAAUUAGAUAUAAAAGGCAAUUAUAGAAAGAAAGAAAAAUGUAAAUAUAAAAUUAAUUAUGACUACUGACAGUGGGAGUUUAUUUCUUUGAUGUUUAUUUAAUGUUUAAAAUAAAAGAUGAAUCAACAAGAUAGGGUAAGAAAUUUGGAAAACCAAGCUAUUUCUCACUUCCAACAAAAUUACAAAGCAGAUGGAGUGUGUUCAACCCAAACGUGUAUCCAGCAGAAAGAAAAGUCAACAAUUUGCAUUGCUGUUUAUCUCAUGUCUGAAGUUUGUUUAACCAUAGAUUUAGAACGAAAUGCAACAGCUCAACAAAUUAUUAAUAUAAUUCAAGCUGAAACAGAGUUGGGACUCAUUAGAACAUCACCACUUACCAAUACCCAACCAGUAUUUGCUCUAUGGCUAUGUUCAUCACAGUUAGAAGUUCAAUUAAGACCAGUUCAUAAGCCACUGGAGUUAGCAAUAAAGUGGCCUAGGUUAGUUAAUAAGUAUGGUUCACAAAAGUACAAGGACAAUGACGAAGAACCAUUAUUGUAUUUUCGAAGAAAUAUUUUUUUGUCUAGAAGAGAUGAAGAACAAAUUAAAGAACCAAAAAUUAUGGAAUUAUUAUAUGCAGAGGCUAACAGGAACGUACUUGAUGGCAGAUAUCCUUGUGAAAGUCAGGCGCGUUACGCAAGCCUCGGAGCUCUUCAAGCGCGUAUCGAGCUGGGACCAUACAAUGUCCAGGCCCACACUCUCACUUUCUUCAGGAAGCAUAGAGGCCGCUUUCUACCUCAUCAUUACAACUCACCAUCGCUCCUUCUAGGCCUCGGUUUUGGACUGGGCCUUGUUGGAGGCAAGGGUGCGCCAGAAGCGCGACUUCUCGAACAGUACAAACGCAUACCAAAUCAUUCUGGUACGAGUACCAACCCUCGUAAGCUCUUAAGGAAGUAUCUUGAAUUCUGCUGGGGUUUGCCUUGCUAUGGGGCCGCCUUCUUUCAAGGCCAAAUUGAGAGACCCGUUCGAGGACUCGCCUCUUGGAUUACUAACCACGACCUACCAGUCCUCAUUGCUAUCAAUACAAUUGGCGUGUACAUAGUCGACGAUUCACAAUGCAGUCUUUUAUUGAGCUUAAGGUAUUCAGAAUUAAAUUGGGAAAUGGCAAAGCCUUCUGAUGAAGGAAACCCAGACUGUUUGCCAUGUUUAUUUCUUCAAUUUCCAGUGCGAGAAAAUGGCGCACGUGUAUUUAAAAUACUACAAGUAUUCUCCAAACAAGCAAUAAUGAUGGAUACAUUAAUUUCUGGUUUUGCUGAAGGAAGUAAGCAAAGCGAGAUAAACGAUGAAAAUGUAAAUGUCGAUAGAUUGCAAAAUAAUUCAAUGUUAUCAAACAUUGGAAGUUUUACAAAUAAGCUUAGUAAAUUUACACUUGCCACAUUCGAUGAAGAAGGCCAUUGCAUAGGUCAGAUGGGUUCGUGGUCGAUUCAGUAACCCUUUACUCUUGCGAUUUCUUCAAUUAUUACAUCAUUCAAUACACUAAUUGUCAAAUAAUUAAAUCCCAAACCUACAUUUUGAUAAAAAGUCACUUUCUGUACAAAAUCUAUCAAGCGUGUUUAAAAAUUAUGAAAUAAAUUAAACAAACCUUUUAUACUA